UUGUGCCAGAUUUCUUGCAGAUAUUUUGCUCUAUUUUGUUCCUAUGACUAUUUUAUUUGCUUAAGGAUAUCUGCCACAGCUAGUGGAUCGGGUACGCCUUCUCUAGAACGAAUUGAUUUAGAUGGGUACGUAAUCAAAUACAAAGAACCGGCGCCUAUUAUCUGGACGCCAUUUAGCAGUAACUCAUGGCGUACUCGAUUGGAACGGGUCAAAAAUAAUCUAGCUAGGAGUGGUUCCAAUGCGGUUGAGCCAUCGAGCUCAGGAGUUCCGAGGAGGUAUGCGUAUGCAUAUCAAAGCCGGUUUCGUUAUCCUAGUCCAGAAAUUAUUCCCAAGAUUGAACCUCAGGAUCUGUUAGAAAUCGCUGGAAGUACUGCACAGACGUUCAAAGACAUCAACGCUGCGAUGAAGAAACGUGAAGAAGCCAAGAAUGCGUACAAAAAAAGCAGGAAGUCUUCUUCUGCAGUUGAGCCACCAGCCCCUGUCGAGAAGCAAACUUCCGCGAAGAAGAGGGGUAGGGAACGAGAUGAAAAAUCGCAGUCAAAGGAAAGUUCACGUAGAAACAGUCGAGAAGCUCCGAAGUCAGCCAAGAAGGCCGCCAAAGAAAAGGAAAAAACGAAGUCUCCAGAGAGAAAGGUGACUUGA